AUGGUCUUGCACAGACCCCACCUCACCUGCGCAGGGAUAGCCUUUGCCCUGUACCUCCACCACCUCGUCAGCGCCAUCGAAGUCCCUCUGGAUUCAAAUAUUCAGAGUGAAUUGCCUCAGCCCCCCACGAUCACCAAGCAGUCCGUGAAGGACUACAUCGUGGACCCGCGGGACAACAUCUUCAUUGAAUGUGAAGCCAAAGGGAACCCCGUUCCCACCUUUUCCUGGACGCGGAAUGGGAAGUUCUUCAACGUGGCCAAGGACCCCAAAGUGUCCAUGCGGCGGCGGUCGGGGACGUUGGUCAUCGACUUCCACAGCGGGGGGCGGCCGGAGGACUACGAGGGCGAGUACCAGUGCUUCGCCCGCAACGACUACGGCACCGCGCUCUCCAGCAAAAUCCACCUCCAGGUGUCCAAGUCUCCCCUGUGGCCCAAGGAGAAGGUGGAUGUGAUCGAGGUCGAUGAAGGUGCUCCGCUGAGCCUGCAGUGCAACCCGCCGCCCGGCCUGCCCUCUCCCGUCAUCUUCUGGAUGAGCAGCUCCAUGGAGCCCAUCCACCAGGACAAGCGCGUCUCCCAGGGCCAGAACGGCGACCUCUACUUCUCCAACGUCAUGCUGCAGGACGCCCAGACCGACUACAGCUGCAACGCCCGCUUCCACUUCACCCACACCAUCCAGCAGAAAAACCCCUACACCCUCAAGGUGAAAACCAAGAAACCCCAUAACGAAACGUCCUUACGAAAUCACACUGACAUGUACAGUGCCCGAGGGGUUACGGAAACGACGCCCAGCUUCAUGUACCCGUACGGGACCUCGAGCAGCCAGAUGGUGCUCAGGGGGGUGGACCUCCUGCUGGAGUGCAUCGCUUCAGGAGUACCAGCACCAGACAUCAUGUGGUACAAGAAAGGAGGUGAGCUCCCCGCAGGCAAGACCAAGCUGGAGAACUUCAACAAGGCUCUUCGAAUCUCCAACGUCUCGGAGGAAGACUCUGGGGAAUAUUUCUGCUUGGCCUCGAACAAGAUGGGCAGCAUCCGCCACACGAUCUCGGUGAGAGUGAAGGCUGCUCCAUACUGGCUGGACGAGCCCCAGAACCUCAUUUUGGCCCCUGGCGAGGACGGCAGGCUGGUUUGCCGAGCCAACGGGAACCCCAAGCCCACGAUACAGUGGCUGGUGAACGGGGAGCCCAUAGAAGCUUCUCCGCCCAACCCAAGCCGUGAGGUGGCUGGAGACACCAUCGUAUUUCGAGACACCCAGAUCGGCAGCAGCGCCGUGUACCAGUGCAACGCUUCCAACGAGCACGGCUACCUCCUGGCCAACGCCUUCGUCAGCGUCCUGGACGUGCCACCACGGAUACUGGCCCCUCGAAACCAGCUGAUCAAAGUCAUCCAGUACAACAGGACCCGGCUGGACUGCCCCUUCUUCGGCUCCCCCAUCCCCACCCUACGCUGGUUUAAGAAUGGCCAGGGGAACACGCUGGACGGAGGGAACUACAAAGCGCAUGAGAACGGGAGCCUGGAGAUGAACAUGGCUCGGAAGGAGGACCAGGGCAUCUACACCUGCGUCGCCACCAACAUCCUGGGCAAAGCGGAGGCUCAGGUUCGCCUGGAAGUCAAAGACCCCACCAGGAUUGUGCGAGGCCCCGAGGACCAGGUGGUGAAGAGGGGCUCCAUGCCUCGCCUCCACUGCCGCGUCAAGCAUGACCCGACGCUGAAGCUCACGGUCACCUGGCUGAAAGACGAUGCACCCCUCUACAUUGGAAACAGGAUGAAGAAAGAAGACGACGGUCUGACGAUAUAUGGCGUGGCGGAAAAGGAUCAAGGCGAUUACACCUGCGUAGCCAGCACAGAGCUGGACAGGGAUUCAGCUAAAGCCUACCUCACUGUCUUAGCAGUCCCUGCUAACCGCUUGAGAGACUUACCUAAAGAGCGUCCCGACCGGCCGCGGGACCUGGAGCUGACGGACCUGGCCGAGAGGAGCGUGCGGCUGACGUGGAUUCCCGGCGAUGACAACAACAGCCCCAUCACAGACUACAUCGUGCAGUUCGAGGAGGACCGCUUCCAGCCCGGCACCUGGCACAACCACUCCAGGUACCCCGGCAGCGUCAACUCGGCCGUCCUGAGCCUCUCCCCGUACGUCAACUACCAGUUUCGGGUGAUUGCCGUGAACGACGUGGGCAGCAGCCUGCCCAGCGUGCCCUCUGAGCGAUACCAGACCAACGGGGCGCGUCCUGAAAUUAACCCAACAGGAGUUCAAGGAGCAGGGACCCAAAAAAACAACAUGGAGAUAACCUGGACGCCCCUGAACGCAACCCAGGCGUACGGGCCCAACCUCAGGUACAUCGUGAGAUGGAGGCGCAGGGACCCACGCGGGAGCUGGUACAACGAGACAGUGAAGACCCCAAGGCACGUGGUCUGGAACACCCCCAUCUAUGUCCCCUACGAGAUCAAAGUGCAGGCAGAGAACGACUUCGGCAGAGCACCAGAGCCUGACACCGUCAUCGGCUACUCGGGGGAAGAUUAUCCCAAGGCUGCGCCUACGGAUGUUAGGAUAAGAGUUUUAAACAGCACUGCCGUUGCCCUGACGUGGACCCGCGUGCACCUGGACACCAUCCAGGGACAGCUUAAGGAGUACAGAGCCUAUUUCUGGAGAGACAGUAGUUUGCUGAAGAACCUGUGGGUCUCCAAAAAACGGCAGUAUGUGAGUUUUCCUGGAGACCGAAACCGGGGCAUAGUGUCCCGGCUGUUUCCUUACAGCAACUACAAGCUUGAGAUGGUUGUAACCAACGGCAGAGGAGAUGGGCCUCGCAGCGAAGUUAAGGAGUUCCCCACCCCAGAAGGAGUGCCCAGCUCCCCCAGGUAUUUAAGAAUCCGACAGCCAAAUCUGGAAAGCAUCAAUCUGGAGUGGGAUCACCCAGAGCAUCCCAAUGGAGUCCUCACAGGAUACAACCUUAGAUAUCAAGCCUUUAACGGAUCCAAAACGGGCAGGACCCUGGUAGAGAACUUCUCUCCCAAUCAGACAAGGUUCACCCUGCAGAGGACGGACCCCAUCUCGCGCUACCGAUUCUUCCUGCGCGCUCGGACCCAGGUGGGAGACGGAGAAACCAUCGUGGAGGAGUCGCCAGCCCUGCUGAACGAAGCCACGCCAACCCCAGCCGCAACCUGGUUGCCUCCAACUGCAAUCGAUCUAACCAGCCCUACGGCAACCCCAACCACUACAACUGCCACACCUACCACCACCACCGACACCACCACCACCGAUACCACCACCACCGACACCACCACCACCACUACAGCUGCCACCACUCUGCCCGCCACCACCGUCGCAAGCACCACAACAACUACAGAGAGGGCUCCGGCAGCCACCACAAAGCAGGAGCUGGCUUAUACCAAGAACCACGUGGACAUCGCGACCCAGGGCUGGUUCAUCGGGCUGAUGUGUGCCAUAGCUCUCCUGGUCCUCAUUCUGCUGAUAGUUUGCUUCAUUAAGAGGAGCAGAGGAGGGAAGUACCCAGUGCGAGACAAUAAAGACGAGCACCUAAACCCCGAAGACAAGAACGUAGAAGACGGCUCGUUCGACUACAGGUCUCUUGAAAGCGACGAAGACAACAAGCCCCUGCCCAACAGCCAGACGUCCCUGGACGGCACGAUAAAGCAGCAGGAGAGCGACGACAGCUUGGUGGACUACGGCGAGGGGGGCGAGGGGCAGUUCAACGAAGACGGCUCCUUCAUCGGGCAGUACACGGUGAAGAAGGACAAGGAGGAGACGGAAGGCAACGAGAGCUCGGAAGCCACGUCCCCAGUCAAUGCUAUCUACUCGCUGGCAUAG